UGAAUAUCCUCCCCAUUCUUCCCUCUUUCCCUCACACAACACUCCCUUCAUCCCCUACAAUGUCCGACAAACCUGGAGGAUAUCGUAUUGAAUAUUCAGCAAAUAACAGAGCUGGCUGCAAAGGUCCAAAGCCAUGUUCAGGAACUAAAAUCACCAAGGGCACGAUUCGUUUAGGAUCAGUGGUGGACUUUCAAGGCCACACGUCCUUCGCCUGGAGGCAUUGGGGUUGCACUACCAAGAAGUUGUUGGAGAAUAUCAAAAAGUCCAUUGAGGACCCGGAGGAUCUCGAUGGCUUUGAAGAGUUGCAGCCUGAGGACCAGGCCAAGAUACGCAAGGCGUGGCAGGACGGCCAUGUAGACCCUGCCGACGUUCCCGAGUCUCAGGACGCAAAGAUUGCAUCGCUCGAAGAGCCAAAGAAGAAGCGCGCGCCGAAGAAGAAGAAGAAGGGAGAUGACGAGGAGGAUGGAGACGAAGAUGAGGAGGCUGAGGCUGAGGAGAAACCGAAGAAGUCUCGGGCUAAGAAGAAGAAGGCAGAUGAAGAGGAGGGUGAAGAGGAGGCGGAGGAAAAGCCUAAGAAGAAGGCACCAGCUAAGCCCCGUGCAAAGAAGAAGGCUGAAGUUACAAGCGACGGUGAGGAGGAAGUUGAACCCGCCGAAGCUGCAAAGCCCAAGAAAGCACCCGCUAAACCUCGUGGCAAGAAGAAAGCUGAACCUGCCAGUGGCGCCGAGGACGAUGACGGUGCUGAGGAGGAGAAACCCAAGAAGAAGGCGCCUGCUAAGCCUCGUUCGAAGAAGGCGAAGGCCGAAGCCAGCGGCGCUGAAGAUGAAGCCGAGGAAGAAGAGAAGCCCGCUAAGAAGGCGCCUGUUAAGCCUCGCUCAAAGAAGGCGAAGGCCGAGGCGAGCGGUGCUGAAGACGAAGGUGCGGAGGAAGAGAAACCUGCCAAGAAGGCGCCUGCUUCCAAGUCAAAGGCCAAAGCUCCCGCUAAAGAGAAAGCUGAGAAGCCUGCUCCCAAGAAGCGGGCACCAAAGAAGAAAGUUGCUGAAGACUCGGAAUCCGGGGAAGACUUCACUGCGGAGCUUGCCAACGUACAGGCCUCGGAUGACGACGACGACGAACCUGAACCUGAGGAGGAGAAGCCUAAGAAGAAAGCCCCUGCUAGCAAGGGUGCAGCUGCUAAGAAGCCCGCUUCCAAGGCUAAGGCUGAGCCCAAGAAGAAGGCGCCUGCUAGCAAGAAGGCUACCGAGAAGAAGGACGAGGACGCUGAGAUGGAAGAUGCAACUGCGGAUGCUGAACCUGGUGCGGGUGAGGCGGAGGCGUCUGAAGAGACUGGAAAGAAGCGCAAGCGCACAGCACCUGCCUCUAAAACAGGUACCACCAAACCUCCUUCAAAGCGAGCGAAGCCUGCCUCGUCGAGGGCGAAGAAGGCUAAAGUGGAGGAGACUGUUGAGGAGGAAGACGAGGAGUAA